CGCUUCCACGAGGGUACGCUAUGAAUCAAUAUCGACAUGGCUGUCACAAGACACCAGGUCGCCAGUGUCAUGCAUUAAUGGAGACAGCAAGUCAUGUUCUAGGACUUCUAUGGACCUCAGCCAUCACCACUGCAACGGACACCCACUCCUUCUUCAUGAAUUUUUAUUCGAUUGUGUUCUAGCAGACAUAGCUUCACUAGAUAUUAAUGAGAGAGACUUGGUCGCCAGAUCCUCUACUCCAACAUUGUAAAGGUCCUCGCACACAUGGUCCUCAGUUGCCCCUACUGGUGGAAGUGGGGAUCCUUGAGCAGCUUCUCAAGACUGCCCUCGGCAACGCGAUGUGGUUGCUCGCGGUUCGGCGACGACUUGACCGAGAACAUGGGGUUGUUGCUCCAAUCACCCCUGCGGACCAGAGUCGCCAGAACACCUUCGGCGGCGAAGGAGUCGGGCUCGACGUGCGUCACGGGCUUCUGCUCCUCCUUGUCGGUGAGCUGGUCGACAAUGGUGUCAAAGAUGUCGGCGAGAUCGUUCAGGCUGUUGACAAUGGGCUCGCAGUGGUCAAUGAAGCUUUCCAGGUCCGCGGCGGACGUGGUGGCCUCCGCAUCCUGGGAGCCGUGGAGACGGUGAAGCUCCUCCUUGGCCAUCCGGACCGUCAGCCACAGGUCCUCAAAGAUCUCCAUCAAGCUGGGAAUGUCGAGCUGAACGUCAGAGAGCUCGCCAGUGCCGUCACGCUUCUCGUGCGCCACGCCGUUGGCCUCAAUGAUACGGGCGAUCAAAGCGGCAGGAUUCUCCAUGCCGGGGCGCAGAGGGUCCAGCGUCGCGAUGAGACUGGCAAGAACAGUCUUGAUUCCGUCUUCCCGGUCUGGGUCAACUUUUUCAACAAAUUCCAAGGCCGCCUUGGAGCGCUCAAGGACAGACUGGAAUGUCUGCCUCAGCCUGGCCUGGUCAGAGUUGUCCACCUCGUUGCUCCGCUUGUUGUUCGGAAGCACGGCGGUGAUGUUCUCAAAGAUCUCCGGGCACUUGGCCUUGUAUUCCUUAUCGUUGCCUUGGGCCCAGCUCAUCACGUCGUCGACGGUGAUGUGGACGCCGCCCUUCUUGCCCGACGUCUCGUCGCGCUUGGCCUGGGUCUCAGCGGCAAUGUUCUUGAACAGCUCAGGGCGCUUGGCUUGGUAGUCCUUGCCCUUACCCUGGGACCAACGCAGCACGUCGUCCCCCGAGAUGGGGACGCCGCGCUUGUCGUUUUUGGGCUUCUUCAGUUCCGCCCACUUGUCGUCGAUGGAAUGGAGGAUGUCCUUGGCGGUGAAAUCGGUACCGUCGUGCGCAGCCUGGUAGCUGGGGGUCUUGCAGGUCUUGCAAGUCUUGUCCUCAGUAACAACCUCCUUGUCAACACCAGUCUCCUCAAUGGCAUCAGUCUUCUCGGGAGUGUCGGCCGUCUCACAGAUGGCCUUGCAAUCGUCCUCGCUGACACAGAUGGACUCGCAGUCGUCCUCGUCGUCACACUGGCAACAAGAACCCAUGCCACGCUUGACCUUGCCCUCGCAGAAGUCGUCCACAAACUUGAGCAGAAGCUCGGGGUCGUAUUUCUUAAAGUAGGGAAUCUUGUCCUCAUGACCCUCCCACUCGCUCAGAUCUGGCUUCUUCAGGUUGUACAGGACGUGGGGGCUUGGGCGUGCUUCCUCGCAUUUAUUAGGGAAGACCACCACAUCGACAGCCUGAGACACGGGCUCAUCGCUGGGAACGCGGAUGACGCCGGCCGUGGCCAUUGGCAAGGCCGCAGCCACUGCAAUGGCAAAGUUUGGAUGCAUUUUGGGUCGUUGGUAGGUGACCGUGUCGUUUUGUAGGUCUGAUGUAGAGAGAGUAAAGGCCGUGAGGUCGCGAUGGCAGAGGAGAAUUAUAUGGCCCAACAAAUCAUGACGGCAAGGUGUGCGAAAAUAGAAAAAGGCUAAUGUCGUGUCCUUUUGGCCUGUCGUAGCGAUCCAAAGUCCUUUUGCGCGAUCUGGCGUUAAUCCUAAGGUAUCAAGGUUUGUCCUUUAGGGGGGCCACGAUAUGCUCAGGGUGCUGAAAACUGCCC